GUUAUUUCCAGGAUUUGCUGAACAAGUCAGAGAAGGCUCUUUAUGAUGCUUUUCCAAGUAUAUACGGAGAAUUGUACACUCAAAACACGAAGCUCUUCAAGGACUUGUACAGCGAGCUACGCCGCUAUUACCGGGGCUCCAACAUCAACUUGGAAGAGGCCCUCAAUGAGUUCUGGACACGCUUGCUGGAGCGGCUCUUCAAGCUGAUGAAUCCCCAGUACCACAUCACAGAUGAGUACCUGGACUGCAUGGUGAAACACGCGGAGCAGCACAAACCCUUCGGGGAAGUUCCCAGGGACCUGAAGGUGAAGGCGACCCGAGCCUUCAUCGCGGCCCGCUCCUACGCACAGGGCUUUCUUGUGGGCAGCGAUGUGGUCAAAAAGGUGUCUCAGGUAUCUCUCAGCCACGAGUGCACUCGCGCCAUCAUGAAGCUGAUGUACUGCCCGCACUGCCGGGGCAUGUCCAGCGUGAAGCCGUGCAACAACUACUGCCUGAACGUCGUGAAGGGCUGCCUGGCCAACCAAGCGGACCUGAACACCGAGUGGAAGUACCUGAUGGAUUCCCUGGUCAUGGUGGCUGAUCGGAUUGAUGGCCCCUACAACGUAGACACUGUGAUCGGGACCAUUCACAUGAGGAUCGCUGAGGCUAUUUCGAACUUGCAAGAAAACAAAGAUUCAAUCACAGCCAAGGUUUUCCAAGGCUGUGGAAAUCCCAAAAUCAGCACAAAAAGCUCCAGCAGCGAGGACAAGAAAAGGCGGGGGAAGGUCGCGUUGGAAGCAAAAUCCUCUGCGCAGGCACUGGAGCUGCUGGUUUUAGAUGCCAAAGGGAAUCUGACAGCUCUCAAGACUUACUGGAUCACCCUGCCCGGCAGCCUGUGCAGCAAGAAAGUAAUGGCGAGCUCGGCAGCGGACGACAAGUGCUGGAACGGGAUGACCAGGGGCAGCUACCUGCCUGAAGUGAUGGGGGACGGCUUAGCUAACCAGAUCAACAACCCGGAGGUGGAGGUGGACAUCACCAAGCCAGAUAUGACCAUUCGCCAGCAAAUCAUGCAGCUGAAGAUCAUGACGAAUCGGCUGGGCAACGCCAACAUCGGGAACGAUGUGGAUUUCCAAGACGCAAGUGAGUUGAGCAGGACUGGAGAGGUCUGGGGUGAGCAGCCCGGCCCGGCAGCCUGUGCGGGCCUCUGUGCAGACCCUGCGGCUGGGCCCUGA